CGGCCGCCUGCCUCGUCGUUGCCUGCCCUCCCCUCGUUGCAGUCAUGGCCGCCGCGAUGCCCCUUUCCCCGGAGGACCUGCUGCUGCCCAAGUCCGCGGCGGGCAAGGCCGAAGAGCUGGAGGAGGAGGUGGAGGACGACGACGACGAGGUAAUGCCAGCCCCUGCUGCCGCGAAAGCGCGGAGCUUGGCCGGGCGGCCAUGUGCGAGGUGACCCCUCUCUGGAGUCGGCCCUGCCUUGGGCCCAGGUGGGGAGCUCGAGUGAGCUGAAGCCCCGGCCAAGAGACGCUGGAGGAGGAGCAGCACGGGAAGCAUCUCCUCUGUGUGUUUUCUGCAGGGGGCCUUGCACGAGCCGGGAGGGGGAGGGGCCUCGACGGAGGGGCGGUGCCUGCUGAGGGCUCCCUGGGUGGUUAUUAUUAUUAUUAUUAUUAUUAUUAUUAUUAUUAUUAUUAUUGGCAUCUGGCUGGCCGCUGCUGAGAACGAAGCUCCGGACUAGAUCGGCCUUUGCUCCCAUUCAGCAGGGCUCUUUCAGUGUUAACGGGGUCCGGGUUUAGGGGGCAGGUCUUGUUUUGUGGGGCUCCCGCCCUCAUCUCUCCUUUCCCCGUUUGCAGCUGGACGAGACGCUGGCAGAGAGGCUCUGGGGCUUGACAGAGAUGUUCCCGGAAAGCGUCCGAUCGGCGGCUGGAGCUACCUUCGGCGUGUCUCUUUCUGUAGCCCAGAAAAUGUACAGGUGAGGAGGGGGAAAUGGGAGGUGAGGACCCAAGCCCCUUGGUCCCUGGUCCUCAGAUACCAUGUGCAGGUUUGUGGGUGGUUAAGGUAGCCCUUCUCAGGGAAGUGGCUGGCUCCUUCAGCCACCAAGGGAUGGAGAAUUGUUAGGGAGUUGGUGGUGUUUUGCGUUUCUUAAGUUGGACAGACAGCCAUAGAGAACGCUUAGACGUCUUAACUCAGAACUCUAGAUGUGUGUGUUUUUAGUGUGAGGAUAGAAAUGACCGGUUGUAAGCUGUUUGGAUAAUGAUGGUCAAGCAGUUGAGAAUGUACCAUGCAUAUUCAAGCUUUAAUGAAGAAAAGGCUGAUAAAUGAAUGCAAAUUAAAUAUAAAAAACCCGUUGCCUGCAAGGAGCCAUUGACAUGGAAUUGAUCAUAAAUAAUUGAGAUAAUUGUGAUAUCUGUAGUUGGGGAGAAAAGGGGUUCUAUAUUUACUUGUGAGAGUGAAGUUCUAGAGAACUAUUUUGAGUAUGCUCAGAAAUAUAGCAAAGUUCAACUUAGUUCAACUAAGAUGAGACCUUGUAAAGGGCUUGGGCCCUUUAUUCCCUGAAAUUGUAAUUUUCCUUUUGUUCGCUCUUUAAACUCUUUUAUUACACACACAUACUCCAUAUAGACAUGAAUAAUAAAUGCAAGGCUGUACUACACCAAUCAAUUUGUCAUCAAAUAUAAAUAUAAAUUUCUCAGGUUGUGGACACAAAAUAACCCUGUUAAAUAGAAUUUAUAUUCUCAUGAUCAUUUUUCUUAAUCAUUCUGAAACAGAAUACAUACUAAGAAGUUUCUAUUCAGAAGAAACCAAAAUUAUUGCUUCUAACAAAAGAUUGUGAAUCAGUGAUUUGCUUGAAAUAUAAUUAUAUUCUUUUAAGACCUCCAGUAAAAUAAUUUCCAGAAGAAUAUCCUUGUAAGUCUUUUGCAGCAAAAACAAAAAAUCCUAUGAUUCUUUUAAAAAUAACAAGCUUUUUAUAGCCAAAACUUUCAUGGAUUAAAGUUCAUUUUGUCAGAUGUAUGAAGUAUUAUCCUGAGAUAGGUAUAUAUGACGAACCGCUGUUGGCUGCUAAUGAUUAAAAUUAAAAUGUUGCUCUUCCAGGUGUUUCAAAUUUUGUGAGGGUUGGAAAGCAUAGCUUUGGUCUCGUUUAAUUUCUAAGCUUUCAUGACACAGUAUCCUAAUGUUCCCACAAAGAUCAAUCCAUCUAUUUAACUCCCCCCCCCCUAAAAACCAUUAUUAGUGAGUUGAGGAGGAAAGGUUUUUCUUUUGAACAGAUAUCCAGUUAUGUCCACUCAUGAACAAACUUCUGUGAGCAGAAGAGAAUUUCCCCUUCCCAUUGUAGUCUCUGCAUGCUCAAGUUUGCUCUGGAGGGUUGGGGAGCUUUUCAGAACAGAUUUGGGAUCUAAAGUGUGCUGUGGAUGACAGAAAGCUGCAUCACAUGAGUAGAAGGCUGUUUGUUUGAUGUUGGAUAUCACUCAGGUUGCCUAUGAUCUUUAAGGAAACUUCAUUAUGGUAUAAAACCAAACUUUAUACACUAUUUAUGCAUUUAGUUCCUUCCUUUGCUAAUUCUUUGUGUUUGAAUGGAAUCUUGGUAGUUUUAAGGGAGAAAUCCUGGAGGUAUUUCAGAUUGUGAUGGAUAUUUAUAGAGAGAAUAUUUAUAUUUGGAAGCAAAAAAUUUGAUUGUGAUGAGACAUGUUGUAAGGUUCACAUACACUAAUGUUGACAUAGGAAGGGGAUUUAAGGCUGCAAUCCCAUAACCGUUUACCAGGGAGUAUAAGUUUAGAUAAGUGGAGCUUACCUUGGAGUAUAUAUGAAUAGGAUUGUACUGAAACUGGAAUAAUAGUCUAAUGCAAUCUAACAGUGAGAUCUUUAGGAUAAGUCAUUUCCGUUGUAGUGAAGUUGGAAACAUUAGCUUAUUACCUUCUCUCCCCUUCUCCCACCCCAAAAAAAGAUUCUCCAGGGCAGCUUUGUGGAUUGGGACCACUUCCUUCAUGAUCCUAGUUCUUCCUGUUGUUUUUGAAACUGAGAAACUGCAAAUGGAGCAGCAACAGCAGAUGCAACAGCGACAGGUGAGAACUGAAUUACAGCAUUUUUUGGCCUAUUAAGUCUGUGAUUCUCAUCCUUUUCAGAAUGUUCCUCCUUUUAUCUGUGAAUCUUCCUCCACCACACAGUACAUUUAAUUCCUGAAUCUUUGCAUAAUUACCUGUCUCAAAGCAUCUAGUGGAUCGGUUUCACUGUAUUUGAUUCCUUUCUUCAUCUAUAUCUUUUUGUGCACGUUUGCUCAUGUAGCAUAUACCUUUGCUAUAUGAUGAAAUAAUAGCCCCCCUCAUUUACUGCAUGUCCUCUUUCACUUUUUUUCUCCUGAUGAAUCACUUCCCGCAGUGUCUUUUACAGGCAUUCCAUCAUCAUAACACUUUCCAGUCACCCCAGCUGCUGAUGAAAGAUGGGGUAGAUUUCUGCUUAGUCUCUUCCUUUCUAUGUUAAUUCUAGCUUUUGUACUUCCCAUAAUUGCACCGAACCAGCUGAAAGAGUACAAAACACCACAUUCCCAGAUUUGGCUGGGGUAUUGCCUAUUUUGUGACUUCAGAAGCACGUCGGCUGAUGGUUGUGUCUGCUCACAGCAAAACUUCUGAGUGAUGACAUUUGACUGACCUUAUUAGUAACAAUGUGUUCCUUUAUUUACAAAUAACACAUGCCCUACUUUUCUUAUUGGCAUGAUAUUAUGACUGGUUAGUUUUCUUCCUUUACUAUGGCUGCAAAAGUUACACUUUUUAAAGCUGAAUAUCACCCUUGAUAUAAGAGAACCUCUUUGGUCACCUGACCGGGGGGGGGGGAAUAUUGAAAUAUUAGAAUUGCAAAAUACCUGACACUUCUCACACCGCCUGGAUGCCCACCACUAUUGUACCAUGACAGACGUAACUAAUACUGUGUUUUCAAGUACUUUACACUUCAUUCACUUAAUUUUAUCAGGGCAGUUUUUUGCACUUAUAUGAAAGUAGAAAUCUAUUACAGUGGUACCUCUGGUUGCGGAAACGAUCCGUUCCAGGGUGCUGUUUGCACCCCGAAAAGUCUGCAACUAGAGCGCCUCUUCCGCACAUGUGCACGGCGCGAUCGAGCACUUCUGCGCAUGUGCAAAGCACAAUCGCUUCUGCGCGUGCACGCACGGCGAAACCCGGAAGUAUACACUUCCGGGUUUGCAAGCUGAAAAGACGCAACAUGAACGUAACGCAACACGAGGUAUGACUGUAUUGUAAUGCAGCCUUGUAUUUAAGUACUGGAAUUCCACACCAGCAACAGCAUGGUUUUAAGAAGAGACUGCUAAUAUUCCAGAAUGGUAGGAAAUGCUGUGUUCCCUUUUUAAAAAAGUUUUACAAAAGAUCUGGAGGGUUAUUGAUCCUUCCUCGAGUAGGCUGCUAAGUAGUUAAAAUGCUGCUCUUGCUUUUCAAGCAUUUGUAAACUUUUUCACAUUUCUUAACAGAUUUUAUUAGGACCAAACACAGGAUUGUCUGGAGGGAUGCCAGGUGCUCUGCCGUCUCUUCCUGGAAAGAUUUAAUGAAGCUACACUGGACCCAUAUCAAGGAAUGAAAUAUUGAAAUCAUUUGUUUGAACUGUUUGAUUAGGCCAGCGUUUUUUUCUCAUAACCUUGGGAUAUUAACUAUUCUUAAUGAAGGCAGAACCCCUAUCUGGAUCUCCUGCAAUCUUUAGGCAGUCAUGACUUUUCCAUCCAUUCAAGCAACAUUAUAGGUAACUAUGGAGACUUUGGAAGCUUCUGUUUUGGUAGCCUUACCUCCAGGAAACCACCUCAGGACAUGUCAUAUUUGGUCAACUUUAACCUGUAAUUGUCAGUGUAAAUAGCCCUGCGUUCUUCUCCAACUGUAUUUCAGAGCAGUAACAGCAAGAAAUGGAGUAAAUAUGCCAGAAUGUGCAGCAUAUAGAAGAACCUAGAAUGCACUUGACUCUAUGCAGUGAGCUCUUACUUGAAGAAAGAUAUUUGCCCUACAAUGUUACAUAUUUGAAAAAUAAGGGAAGCAGGAAAAGUCAUUUUUGCCAAGUCUUAUCUGUGCUGAAUCUAUUAGUAUCAAAGUUAGCUAGAGCACUUUUGUAUUAAAGUUUCAGUGCAAACAUGGAAGUAUUUUCUUUAUUAUCUCAGGCUUUACAUACAUUAUGCUUGCUAACAGCAGGAUACUAAAACUUACCAAUUGCGUGUCAACCCAUAGCUUUACAUGCUUGUGUUCGGUAGUAAUGGCAGGGAGGGACCCUCUCUUAACUCCCAUGGAGAGUAGCUGGGCAAUAAGUUCUUCUUAGGCUAUACAGCUUCAUACCAACAUGUUUAUUUUUUUCCUUUAUAUACAUUAUUACAAUACAAUUCAGUUCAACACACAGAAGUGACAGGACACAGGAAGGCUUUUUCAUUUUUAAUAUUUGGUUAAACAAAAUACAUCUCUGUAAACAAACCCAAGACAAGGCUAUAACAAAACCAAACAAGCAGGAAAACAAUUAAGGGCUUCUUCAUUCCCAAGCAAUGGGAAUGGGCUGAUUCCUUUCCUCUGCUGCCAUAACUCUGGUCCAGAGGGGUGGGUGAUCACAUGUUCCCUUUUCCUGAGCUGCUGAAUCACACCACUUUUUCCCUAAGGACAGAACAAUGACAUAAAUACACACAGACGGAAAGAAACAGCUGUAUGCUUUAAAAGAUAUUUGCAUAUUGUGCACUGGUCCAUUGGCUUCCAUGCAAACGGGGUCUCUCCAAAGUGCUAUUAUUUAGCCAGCAGACAAAAUAAUGUCUUUGAGAUUAUUUUUUUUGGGGGGCGGGAAUGGCUUCAAGUCAGAAGCAGAACUGCAAGCCUGAUGUUCUGCUUGUGAAGUGUGUGCAUGUGUGUACAAAUUCUGCUAGCUGGCUUUGGUUAUUGGAAUGUGUAGUCCAGAAGAAAGGGGAGGGCUUUUGUAAAAAUAGAAGUUAUUAGGCUAGGACUGUAAUACAUGCAGAGAAUAGCCAACACAAGUUCCCAGUAUAUUGCCUGCAAGGUGUCCAGAGGUCAAUAAACAAGAUGUUGAUACCAUUCACACUGCAUUCAACUGUGAAGGGCUUGGAAUGCUGGCUUAGAAAGCAUGUAUCUUGCUCAUGCUUAGAAUGGACAGGUCAAAUUCCAAGGAUGUAAAGGGUUUCAGCCCUCCUUAACCAUUACAUUUUCCUAUAGAAUGAAACUAAAAAAGUGGGUUCUACUUCCACUGUUCCAGUACUACUGAAAAUGAAGCUGGCAAAAAGCAUUAAUAAUGAAAAAUGCAACAAUAGAACAAACGGGGUUCAAGGAGAAGUCAUUCGAGUGAAAGGCCACCUUCUCCAUUUCACCUACUAACUAGCACAAAGAAGUGAUGUGAAACACCUGAAUCAGAUCAGAAGGAAAACUAUUUCAGUCUCCUGCCAGGGUCUUUAGCUUGUUCACUUAGUUGGUGAGGAGAGAAGAGUUAAAUUCAGGAGGGUCACCUGCCAAUCAGUGGAAGAAUGUGGCUCAGCCUACCUGUUGUAAACAGUCUUCCCUCAUCCCCAGCAAACUUGCUUAAACAUUCUCAACCCCAACAACUGACAGUUGCUAUAGAAGAGCAACAGAAAUCUAGCCCUUUGAUCUUGUUUCCCAUAAUUCCACUUGGAAAUCAACAUUUGCUCCAUUUCCAGCUUCCUACCUUGCUGAAACUUGGCUACUCUUCCCUUUUGUUUCAUGAUUUCAUCCUCAAACAGCCUGUAGUUUUAUUCCCUGCUCAGUGAAUAUUUCCCUGAAUUACAGGACAGACAGAUAAGAAAAAUAAACACAGGCUACAUGUGGACCACCUAACAAAAAUACUUGAGGCUUUUAAAUAAGCAUCAAUUUAGCUACCACUUUUCCAAACUAUUCAGUCUUUCAUUUUCAGACCACACGUAAAAAGAGCAUGAGACAGGAAAACUCCUGUAAGGAGUUCCAUUAUUAUGGUCCCAUUUUGUCUACAUCUCCCCUAACUCUUGGCACAAUUACUAUUACAAAAGGGGAAUCCACAAGCACCAUACCUUUGCUAAGAGCAUCUAGAGUUUCCUGAGAGACCCAAAUGGUUUGCAAAUUUCUUCAACAUAAAGUUUGGUGUUGGAGACAAAGGACACACAUAAUGAAGAGUAUGGAGGCAGGAAAAGCCCAAAACUCCUGUAGGGAGUUCCACAAUGAGGGUUGGAGGGAAGCAGGCAUGGCUUUGGGGGGUAGAAUAUGCCUGGCCCAAGCCCUACCCUGAAGGAGACACAUACUAGCCAAACAGGAGCUAUAGGAACUCCUGGAGACAGUUGUGUGUAACCCAGUAUGAAGUCCUAAGACUGGGGUGGGGUGGGGGGGAGCAGGAAAUUAAAGGGGAGAAUUCCAACACCCAUUUCUAAAUGAAAGUAUGCAUUAUAAUUAAAGAGCACAGAUCUGGUUCUGUUACGUCCACCUCCUUCUCUUCUCCUACUACAUGUCCAGCUUCUGUUCUUCAUGUUGGCUCCGACAAUACCUUGUGGUUGCCUUAUGGCCUCAUAAUGGGGGGGGGGGGGGAAUGCCAAUGUUCCAGGGAAGAGGAGAAGAGUGCUCAUUAUCCACAUCACAGGACAUUAGAAACUGGUGGAGGGAGAAGGACCAGUACUGUAGUGCGAGGACAGGGUAGUUGCAGGUCAUGCAUCCGCUUUCCAACUCUGAUGUGCUUCCACCUCUUCAGGCACCACUAGAAGUAGUUCACAGUUCUUGCCUCGCAGCUGGUGUCUCAAAAACUUCCUGUGGCAGUUAAAGGUGGGUAGGGGGAAAAAAAGCACGGUUCAAAUGCAAUCUUUUUGUUGAGUGUAAUUUUUGGUACGCACCUACAUUCUGACAUUUGAAUAGCUAUAAGAGCUUGCAGGUCAGUUAUGAUUUGAUCUUACUGGUAUUCUUCAGCUGGAACUGCAGAGGUCUUAGAACUUUUGGGGGGGAAAUCUUACUGUUCAAAAGACAGUAACACCCUUUAACAAACUUCGUUUUAAAAGUCUAUGAAGAAAAUGGAAGGUGAGCCUUGAGCCUUACUAUGAAUUAAAUAUU